UCUUGUGAGUAGACAUUCCGAAGGAUAAAUUUUCUUUGAAAAGUCUGUUAUUUGGAAUUAUAAUGCAUAUAAUGGAUACGUAAUGUGUGAAAUGGCGUGCCGUUAUCGUGAAGAAUUAGUUGGAAAACGUUUCAUAUCAGUUCGGAGCCCACAAAAAUUGAAAAUCCAGAAAAUCUCCGAGUGGGAAUGGCGGUCCGGUGUUGUGAGGGCUGUUUCGAUCCGAGACACAACCAGUUUAGAGUUAUCAGUUCUGAUUGAGUUUGAUGACAUAGACUGGUCACGCCGUGAGUGGGUUCGUGUGCACGAUAUCUUCCAGCUCUUUCUGGUAGAGCACACGCUGGUCUGGGCAGAGAGGCCCGACCCGGAUAGACCUCGGCAGUCCAUCUCCUGGCCGGGACUGAGUUUCCGUGCGGUAGUGGACAAGGCAGGUCUAGCAGCAUGCAAGAGGAAGCCAGUGGAGUUCUUGGUGGACAGAUUUCUUGGUCUGGUUGAGGAGAAGGAGAUUCAGGUCUUCCAGGAGGGUAAUGAACGUAGUCAUCCAACAGCCGUUUCGCGUACAGCGGUGCAGAACGGUCUAAAGGAGUGGCUCGACUAUCAAGACGGACAGAAGAUCCUGCUUACCACACCCACCGUCCUCGUCGGCUACCGGCUUGAAGUGUACCGCGCAGAGGGCACCACACAGUGGUACACAGCAGUCAUACAGUCCUACAACCACACAUCCAAGACACUGUCGGUGACAGAUGACACUGUUCUGGAAGAACACAAUGAAGACCCAACACUUAUACAGAUGCACUUGAUUGAUGACGGAGUGGUUGACUCAAUUCUGCGCGGUGUUGAAAUCGGCGGAAUUGCGCCAAGGAGACGACCACGUGCUGUAAAAGAAAAGGAAACCCAAAACACAACGAGUCGAGCCAGUGCUAAUAACAGUACGCCACAGACAAGUACACGCAGUAGCGUAUUAAAGAAGCCGCGGUCUUCCCAACAGGCUGUUUCCACAGUGACAUCUACCCCACCCACUGUUGUAACAGCAGUACCCUCACCCCUACCCACAGAACAAAAAGUAUCUGAGAAGGCACGACCUACUUCAAGGAGAAAGCCACGAGUGGUGGAAAUCAGCGGAGUAAAAGCCAAACCUCUUUCCCUGAAUAGACGAGAGUCGCCUUCCCCUGCUGUAGACAACGAUACCGCAACUCUCAGUUUACGAGUCUCCCCACGCAGCACUCCGACCAAGGAAAGGACUCGACCUCACAGGAGUAGGGAGAGAGACAAACUAGCUGCAAAUAGUGGCGUGUUAGAACCUGAUAUAGAGGACACUGGUGGUGGUGGUGGAACUGUAGAUAAAAGUGCAGCAGACAGUCUAAGAAAUAGAAAUCGAUCUCAGCAGAGAAGGGAGGAGAAACUAUCUACACCAUCAGGUACUAGCAAGGCGCAGAGUCGAAUACAGAACGAAUCUCCGCGAGAUGAAAGUGGAUCUCCGCGUAGGAGGUCGUUAAGUAGGACACGUGUUAGUGUGCAAAAAGAAGCAGAAGCUGUGAUCAAAUCUAAUUUAUCAGGGAGUAAGAAAGAUAAACCAGUGGAGGACAAAGUUAGUGCCAAAUCUGAAACCAGUGACACAAAAACUGAGAAACCGGAGCGUGUUAAAAAGGUUGAAAAACCCUCCACCUCCCUCACAGACUCUGCGAACACUAAGUUAAAAUCAGGGAGUGAUAAGAGUGAAACUCAAGACAACAUUAAUGAUCGUGUUGAACAAAAGUUAAAAGAGAUCAAAUCAGCCUAUAAGAAAAAGGAAAAAGAAUCAGGGAUUACUAAAGGUGAACCGAAAGAGAAACGAUCUAGGAAUGUAAAAGUAAUGGUGAAAAGGAAACUAAAAAGCGUGAGAAAAAGAAAGACAAUGUUGUCACUACUAAAGAAACACAGAACAAUGGUAAGAAAUCUGUAG